CGAUAAGAGUAUGUCAAAUAGUAACCUAGAGAUAAUGAGAGGCGACAGAUAACGAAUGCGGCUACUAUCCUAAGUAUUUAAACAGCAUCGCCUUUGAACAUUUUCGAUUCGGAAUUUAUAAGUUGCAUUUAAAAUAUGUGGCUACGAAUUGUGUAUUUAGCAACUGCGCUUCUAUAUUUGUCCGGAGCGGCUAGUGCUUUUAGUACUGGCAUGCAAGGAUUGGAAGGUAGUAUGCAAGAACGCAAGCAGGAUGCAUUGAGCAAAUUUCUAUGUGGUGUCAAUUACGAAAAAUGUUACGGACAAAAACUAAGCUCAACCGUCAUUGUGAAUGAUGACAAAAUUUAUAAGACGGAAGUCUACGAACUUACACCCCCAGCGAGUCUCAACGAUAUUUUAAAUGAACAAAACAAUUUAUUAACGGCUAUGCAGCAUUUGGAAAACAAUCUACAGGAACAGGAAGAUGGUGUACGGAACAAGUUACAAACAGUUGAGGAUAAAUUGAGAGAACAGGAUAUUCACACUUCAGAGCGUUUCAAUGAAGAUGCAGAGUCCUUAAAAUCAGAGCUAACGCAAAAUUUAAGCCGACAAAAAGCCUCAAUCUUAAACAUACUUAAUACCAAAAUUGAGCGCCUACGCAAGAAAAUCGAUAAACCGGCUACAUUUGAUGCAAAUGCUGGCUUACCUGCCAGCUGCGCUGACGCAUUUGAAAAGGACGUUAACGCUGAAAGUGGCAUUUACACACUGUAUGUGCCCGAUUUUGAUCUGCCACCUUUCGAAGUGUACUGCCUAGCAGAUCCGAAUGGCGGUCCUGCUUGGACUGUGGUGCAACGCCGCACAGAUGGCACUGAGGAUUUUUAUCGCAAUUGGGAUGAUUAUGUUGCAGGAUUUGGUGACAAGGAAAAUGAAUUUUUCAUUGGAUUGGAAAUAUUGUAUGCGCUCACAAAUGAUCAGCCUAGCGAGUUGUGGAUCCAGAUGGAAGAUUUUGAGGGAGAAGAACGUUAUGCUAAAUAUGCCGACUUCGAAAUUGGCAAUGAAAGCGAUAACUAUACCUUGAAUGUAUUGGAAGGGUUUUCGGGCGAUGCGGGCGAUUCUAUGAGCACACAUAAAGGUCAACAAUUCUCAACUUACGAUCGUGACAAUAGUAAAAAUCCGCAAUUAAAUUGCGCUUACUACAAUGCUGGUGCUUGGUGGUAUAAUCACUGUCUUACUACUGAUAGCAACCUUAAUGGAAAAUAUUUAUAUGGUGCACCGAGUCCAUACAACGAAGGCAUUGGUUGGUACACCUGGCAUGGACGAGACUAUUCACUCAAGUAUGUGCAGAUGGCCAUUAGACCGAAAGAUAAAAGUCAUUAAUGAAAAAACAACAAACAAUUUCUUAGUUUUUAAUGAAACUUGAAUGUUUUUUAUGUUGUGCUCUUUAAGUAAAGUAAUGAAUCAUUAGUUUUUAAAGACCUUUAAACCGACUGUAAUACCACAAUAUAACUGUGCGAAAAUUA